CCUCGCGUGAUUCGUGGAUAAAUCUAUUAUCUUGACGCCAAUCUUCCAACGUAGCUGUACUCCAUGCAUGCGUAGAUAUAUAUGCAUGAGUCAGACUGAGCUGUAUCCUUCGUAAUUCAGCCUUCAAUAUAAGGAUGAUUAGCGCUCCCCAUUGUCUCGUCAAUAAUACUUUUUGGAAUUUGUUCUAGAUGAUUGGAUUACUGUCAAAAAAGUAACACGCAACCCAGUUUUUGUUACCGCGGGGCAAACCUUGAAACUCAGACUUGACAUUGAAAACGUGGACAAGUGGAACACGACUGCAUUUUGGGUGUACGCCAAGGACUCCUCAAGAACCAGCCCUGAACAUGAUUUGCAGUUGAUGCGAGAUGUUGAUUCCAGCAGUGAGACAUACUUCUCGUACAAUAAGACUCGUGUUUCACGCGAGAGACAGGUGGAUUUAGUAGUGAACAGUAUGACAUUGGCUGAUUCGGGAGUGUACCGUUGUAAAUUUCGAAAACCAGAUGAGGGUUGGAGCAUUCGAGUAGAUUACAACGUUAUCGUGGAAGGUAAGAUUAAGAAACUAACAUUGUUUAUACUGGAUAACUCUAUCAGUUCUAAACUGUUGUUAAAGGCUCAGUUAGAGUCAUCGCUUAUUUGUCCAGUGUGACCACAAGAUGCAACCUGAACUAAACUAACUUUAUCUACACAUACCUGUUAAAGGCCCUUGUCUAAAUCUUCAAAAUAUCUUUUAGAAAAGGGAGUAAUUUCCCCGAUAGAUUUGCCGCCAGAGAUAGUCUAUAUUACAAGAGGUGAUACUCUCAAACUGCAAUCAGAUCUGCCAGAUGUCACAGCUAGUUCUUAUGGCAAAAACUACGAAACGUUCUGGGACUUUUCCCCUUCGUUAACAACAACAACACAAGAAGAAGCUGUUAGAUUAAUCGAUUCGAUGGACAGUUCCGUAGAAAGUUUGGAUGUCAGGGCAUCACUGAAAGAGAAUGGCACAACAUUAGUUUUGACAAAUACGACUUUCAAUGAUAGUGGGGUUUAUCAUUUACGUAUUCUGGGACCGUUGUCCACCACAGCUGUCCAUAAGGAUUUCAACGUUAUUGUUGAAGGUAUUAAUUGUAUUUUAGUACAUUGCAUUGCAUUAAAUGUACAUAUUCUCACAGCAGGAAACGCGAAUGUGCAUGGAAAACCAUCAAACUGGAAACAUGGUUAAAGAGGUUAAAUUAUCGGACAACUGUAUAUAUAUUGUUUGUGAUGUUACUCUGAGUGUAUAUCCACACCGGGCGAGCUUGAAAAAUAUGCCCGACCACGGUGGGAAUCGAACCUACGACCUUUGGAAUACUAGCCCAAUGCUCAGAGUAACAUCACAAACAUCACAUUCACCUGAGUACACAGCACCAACACAGAAAAAAUUGUAUAUAUAUUGCAUUUGACAUGUAUUUAACAUUGACAUGUAUUUCACAGAUAAAGCAAUUGCAAGCAUACAUUGUCCGCGUAUAGUACGCUUGACAGAAGGGGAAAACUUUUUCUGCUUAUGCGAGGACAUCUCCACCUCUGAAGUGACAGCUCAAGCAGCUUGGCUCGUGGAUGGUCAGACGUUCAAGCACUCGAGGCCAUUCCAUGAGGAAGAGUUAUACCUUAACAACGUCACUGCUGCGGAUGCUGGAUUUUAUACAUGCCGACAUGUAUUUCACAGAUAAAGCAAUUGCAAGCAUACAUUGUCCGCGUAUAGUACGCUUGACAGAAGGGGAAAACUUUUUCUGCUUAUGCGAGGACAUCUCCACCUCUGAAGUGACAGCUCAAGCAGCUUGGCUCGUGGAUGGUCAGACGUUCAAGCACUCGAGGCCAUUCCAUGAGGAAGAGUUAUACCUUAACAACGUCACUGCUGCGGAUGCUGGAUUUUAUACAUGCCGAGUCCGCACUGUCACUAUGGUGGACGAUAUCACUUUGGAGGUGUUAGUCUUGCAUGGUAGGUUUUGCUUAUAAUUUUUCCUUAUUUUCAACAAAAUUGCCAGUUUUACCGCAUAUUGGUAUACAUAAAGGCUAUGUUUACAUUGUAUCGGAUCACUUUGCGUCCGACGCAAGAACCAUACCGGAUAGGGCUUCUGUUUACAUAUGAAAUGUUGUUAUCGUCUCAGUUUCUGCAACGGAUCGGUGGUGCGGCGGUUCGCUCUUCGAAGUGGUGCGCGAUGUAUCGGAUCGCUUUUUGCAACGCUCUCAUUGUAAUGUAAACACAAAUCGGAGCAAUUUUCGGUUACAUACGUGACUCAAGAUGGCAUCUGGGAAACAAAGACUUGCUAUUCUAAUCUUAUUUGCGGGUAUAGCUUUCUCACUUAUAAUAUUUUUGUAUUUAGAUGGGCGAGGACGGAAGCUGUUUACACUUGGGCCGUAACGUUUCGUGAACGAAGCAAAAACCGAUCCGAUACCAUGUAAACAUAGCCAAAGUCACGAGCGUGCUCAUGGGUAAAGUAAAACCCCGCAUAUAAGAACCUAGAAUUUAAGAACCUGUUAGGCUAAAAUAUUGUAUUUUAGAUCCCCUUUAAAUAAGAAUCUGUUCAGGCUAGAAUUUCAAAACAGAUUUUUAUAUUAUCAAAUAGUCAAAAUUAAAUCAUAAGUUACAAUGAGUGUAGCUUUAAAGUGCAUAUAGAAUCGCUAUACUGCAUAUACUGUAAUUUUUUAGACCAUUUGUGCAUAAUUUUAUAUAAAUCACAUACCAUACCUCCCUAAUAUGAGUCGCUUUUCUCUUAAGAAAAUAAGAACCUAUUUAAGAACAUGUUUAGCCUAAUUUCCUGGCAACCACCAUUUACACUGUACAUAAGAACCUGUUUAGGCUAACUUGGAAAAUCUAGGUUCUUAUAUGCGGGGUUUAACUGUAGGCCUAUAUAUAUUGGAUUUUGAUGUAGGCUAAUAUAUAUAAGGAUGCUCAUGAAUAUACUGGAUUUUGGUACAUAUAUGAGCAUGCUCAUGAGUAUACUAGAUUUUGGUAUAUGUGAGCAUGCAGGAUGCUACCUAUAGGUAGCAAGAUUUUAACACGGCAUUUAGAGUGGUAUUGUCUAUCAUGACUAUAGAGGCUCCUGUGCAUGACAUUAGUCUUCUUUAACCUAUAUAUACAUAGAAGCUCUCCAAUUUAUGAUUCUCUUUCUAAACAGUUGAACAGGAAAUGAAAGGGAACAAACCAUCGAUGCAGAAGUACCCUGAUUGGUAUUACCUUGCGGGAUCCCUCGGUGUUGGUCUUCUCCUUGGCAUGGCCCUAGUACUCAUGAUAGUAUCCAUUCGUCGAAAAUCUCGCAAAACUAAGGGUGUAUACGAGGAUGUUCGCGCCUCGCCUGAUCUAGAACUAGAUAUAACAGCACAGUACCAAGAUAUGAGCAGACAGCCAAAUUUGUACCAGGAGACUGACGCUGAAUCGACUUCUCCGUAUGAAAUUGCUGAUCUUACAUGUCCUAUUUACAUGGAUAUGAAUGAAGCUAGAAAGCAGAAUCAAGCAGGAUGCUCCCAUCAAAAUGAAACCGCCCCAGUUCCUGGUUACACAGACUUAGAGUAUCGAGAUAGGGUUGAUUCCCAUCCUUAUCAAGGCCUAGAGCAAUACAGACUACCAGGGAAUCGUGUGUAGAUAUCGUUUAAUGGUUAAACCUUUUCCCGUACAAUGAGAGGUAUCUGAAUUGGAACAAGAACUCUCAAAUUAAGAAUAACUUUAAUAUUCUAAAUACUUUAUGGUAUCCUUGAGCUAUGUCUUGCAAAUUUUUCUUUCCAUAAAUUUGGAACGAUGAUUGGCAAACAUAUUUGCAUCACUAUAAUUCUCUUAGCCGUAUAGGUAGCUUUCAUGCGUGCUCCAGUUCAGUACACAUGAAGGGCACAUGGAGACAUUAUUUGAAUCGUGGUAUUGCCUGAAACCCACAGCCUUAAAUGCCUGACUCCACGAGCGCUUUUCCCUAACGAAAUUCGAAAACGAUUCGCGCGAAUGAUCGCAUACGCAAUAAAGAUACAUUAGGUUUCGCGAGAACAAAUUUCGCUUCGCCAGUGCAUGAGUACAGAAGUCAGUUCUACCAGAGUCUGUCAAGAUAUGAUGGUCAGGAAGCUCGGCAAACUUUAAAGCCACAAAAAGAAGGCCUUUGCUUCAUGUUGAACUGUACCUCACUGCGCACUAAUCCUUUGUCUCAACUUCAUUAAAUAUUAUGAUCGUGGUUACACGUUUCAUCUCAGCUAUCCCUAUAUAUUGGACGGUUACUUCAUUAUACGAAAAUACAAUGAGCUCAAUCACCGUGACCGUGCACAAAUUAACAUAAACUCAGACAAAAACAUAAUACAAUGACUUCUCAGCCUCGUACCCAGGCGCUUUGAUUGGCUUUGAUGUUGCGUGACGCGCGCGCGGGAGGACACGCGUGGGGGAAAGGGUCCCGUUGUGAGCAACGCACCUCGAUUCCCGCGCGUGCGUCACACAACCAGUUAGCACAUCAAAGCGACUGGAACGAGGCUGAUGACUUCUGUCUAGUUUCCAGACUAUCGUAUCUUGAUAGACUAUGGUUCUACUCACUGUAAAAGCGAAAAAACUGUGGGAAAAUUCAUGACAUGUCAGUUUUGUAAAUAGUUUUCAAUAUUCAAGCUUGUUUGCAUCAAACCAAUAAGAUUUUAGCAACAUUCGUAAUAUUUGUUAAAUAUUCCUCGCAAACUUUGAAGUAUCUUCUUUUAUAAGUAAAUAAAUUUAUUUGAAUUUAAAAUUUGUUGAUUAUGUGAGCGAUAUAAUAUAACAGGCUGAUGACUUCUGUCUAGUUUCCAGACUAUCGUAUCUUGAUAGACUAUGGUUCUACUCACUGUAAAAGCGAAAAAACUGUGGGAAAAUUCAUGACAUGUCAGUUUUGUAAAUAGUUUUCAAUAUUCAAGCUUGUUUGCAUCAAACCAAUAAGAUUUUAGCAACAUUCGUAAUAUUUGUUAAAUAUUCCUCGCAAACUUUGAAGUAUCUUCUUUUAUAAGUAAAUAAAUUUAUUUGAAUUUAAAAUUUGUUGAUUAUGUGAGCGAUAUAAUAUAACCCUCUUAGACUAUAAGUGGCUAAGCCUUCGAGCAGCAUGCGUUAUAUACUUCGUCUUCCCGCACGGAAAACCGUUUCUUCACACGUCCGCGAUGAUAUGCAUGCCAUAUCUUUUGAACUUAUUUUUGUUCCAUGUUGAACAAUAUUGUGCGUAAAUAUAAGUUGUAAACACCGGAAAUAUUGUGCGCAGAUAUAUAAAUUGUAAACACCAGAGCCCGGUCGGCACAAAGAAAAAAAGCCACGCCUUGCCUGUGGCUGUAUUGAGCAUGUACGUCCACUUCAAAAUUAAUAUAAACUGCGGUUUUGCGCGCUCUGUAUUAGGAGUGUUUACAUGGGCUAAUAUGAAAUCUCAAGUGUAGAAGAAGGAAACAUGUAAAUCUG